AACCAAAACAAUACAAGGAUUGAUAACAGAAUUCAAUAUAUUUUUGUUCAGUCGGUUUGUGAAAAGUGGUAAAAAUAGUUUCUGAUAGUUAAGGAUCUGAAAAUAAUAUGAUUCUAUCCAGAGGUAAAAGUGAUUCGGCAAAUUCUAGACAGGCGGUCAGUGCCACACAUAUCAAGCGCUUACCCAAUUCACUGGAGGAUUUUAUACUCAAGCGAGAUUACACUGGGGCAAGAGCUUUUCUUGAGUUCUCCGGCGAGGAUGAAGAGAACGAAGAACAACAUCUCGUCAAGGAGCAGUGGAUUGCAUUCUGCAGUUUUCACCUCGGCGACUAUCAACAGGCAUUACAACAAUACAAAAGUAUACGCGAUGCUGAACCCGCCACCGAAGACAUAGCACUCAACGUUGCCGUUUGCAUGUUCUAUCUGGGCAUGUAUGAGGAAGCACAUCGCCUGAUGGAACAGACACCGAAUACACCAUUGAAGCUGCGUCUGCUCUUUCAUUUGGCGCAUAAGUUUGGCAAUGACUCGCAGGUGACACAAUUACAGGAUUCUUUGCAGGAAGACGUCGAGGAUCAGCUAAGUCUCGCUUCGAUGCAUUAUCUGCGCGCUCAUUAUCAAGAUGCGAUUGAUAUCUACAAGCGUUUGUUGUUGGAUAACAAAGACUACUUGGCCAUCAAUGUUUAUCUGGCACUUUGUUUCUAUAAACUGGACUAUUAUGACAUGUCGCAAGAGGUAUUGGAUGUAUACUUGGCGAAGCAUAAAGACAGCACUAUAGCUACGAAUCUGAAGGCCUGCAAUCGCUUUCGUCUAUUUAAUGGGCGCGUAGCCGAGCAGGAAAUACAAAAUAUUGCGGAUAACGGUACUUUCGGCGCAGAUUUGAUCAGACACAACCUGGUUGUGUUCCGUAAUGGUGAGGGCGCAAUGCAAACAUUUCCUACACUUUUGAAUAUCGUGCCAGAAGCGCGUCUCAACUUGGCUAUUUAUCAUCUGAAGAACGGCAAUGUGCAGGAGGCGCAUGCCUUGAUCAAAGAACUCCAACCGACCGUGCCGCAUGAGUACAUUUUGAAGGGUGUGGUGCAUGCAGCGCUCGGUCAACAAAUCGGUUCGAAAGAGCACAUAAAAACCGCUCAACAGAAUUUACAUCUGGUUGGUAGUUCAGCUACAGAAUGUGACACCAUACCCGGUCGUCAGAGCAUGGCUUCGGCUUUCUUUCUCUACUCACAAUUCGAAGAAGUCUUGGUCUACAUGAACUCUAUAAGAAGCUACUUCGUAAAUGAUGACACGUUCAACUACAAUUAUGCACAGGCGAAAUGUGCCACGGGCUACUAUAAGGAGGCCGAGGAAUUGCUCAUGCAAAUAACGGAUAUGGAUAUAAAGAAUCAGCAUACUUACUGUAUGAUUGUCGCGAAAUGUCACAUACACGCCGGACGUCCGGAGUUGGCUUGGAAUGUUUUCAUUACACGCGACACUAACUCUGAAGCAUUCUUACUAUUACAACUUAUUGCAAAUGAGUGUUACAAGUGUGAGGAAUUUUGGGUUGCCGCAAAGGCCUUCGAUAUGCUGGAGAAACUCGAUCCAAGCCCCGAAAACUGGGAAGGUAAACGUGGCGCAUGCGCCGGUGUACUAUAUGCCUUGGCUUCGAAAGCUGAUAAGGGUUGUCCACCGAAUGGUGUGUCGGAUGUAAUCGGUUUACUGCGCGACUCAUCAAAUCCGCAAGCUGAUACACUGAUAAAAGUUAUACGCAAACAUAUAAAUGGUUUGAAAUAAGUGUGAAAUGAAAUUUAGGAGUUUAUUAAAGGGAUAAUAAAAAAUAAAUUUUCUAGAAAACUUCAGAUAUGUAUUGAGGUGUUAAA